AUUUGCAAAAUAGCUCCCACCAGUUUCUUUUAUGUCCGAAGUGAGACUCAGUUUUUGGCUAGAAAAUACACUCCUGUCAGCGGUAAGGAAGAGGAAUGGUGUCUCUCCCCCUUUUCAGAAACACCAUUCCCUGGAUGAAUGGACAGCAGGAGCGCAGUCUCACAGACGCAGGACUGACCCGAGUACAGUCACCGUCUCUCUCCCAACCCUGAGGGGGGACAAUCCCUUUGUGGCACCCGGGAAAGAGAGUAUCCAAACGAGCUGGUGGGAGUCUGGCAGCGUGGGCAGCAGCGCGGCGACCACGGCUCCGGGCGCGAAGGUGUGUAAGGUAGGCGGGGUGAAGCACCCAGGAGCGGAGGGAAGAGCGCUGCACCCUCGCUAAGUCUAGCCGCGCUGGGCGCGUAUCUGGGCGGCCCCAGAAACCAGCAGAGGCAGACUUGGGCCCGGGCAGAGCAGGAGGUGGGCAGAGCCCGUUCCCCCGCUGCCGUUACCUGCAGCAGCAGAAGCGCAGCCGCUGGCUCUUGCUGGAUCCGCGCGUGGGCUGCCGACUGGACAGCAGCUACCGCCUCCACUGCCUGCACCUGCGACUCAGCGGAUCCCUCUUUGGACAGGGCACCCCCACUCCGGGAAUCCCAACGCCAGGAGCCAUCCAUGGCCAUGACGGGGGCUUCUCGGCACCCGACUGGGACGCCCAGCCAGCUCCUUGUGGCGCUCGCCUGCCUGCUCUUGAGUCGCCCUGCGCUGCAGGGACAGGCAUCCUCGCUUGGGACCGAGCCCGACCCGGUGCUUUACCUGCACGCCUGGGGUGCACUUGAAGGCACUCGCCCCGACGGCCCUAGCGUGCUGAUUGCCAACCCUGGACUCCGGGUGCCCUUGGGUCGUUCCCUUUGGCUCGACCCGCUCCGGGACCUGGUGAUUGGAGUGCAGCCGGGGGACCGGUGCGAAGUCACGGUACUGGACGCCCUGCCGCUGCUCAAGGGCGCGCUCUCCCCGCGCCGCUUCCCCUGCGCCUUCGGGCCCCGCCAGGUCCAGUACACUCAUUUCGGCUCCCACAGCCCCGGACGCGCCCGGGUGCUGCUGCAGCUGCGCUACGACGCCCCGACUCACACGUUGGUGCUGCCCUUCACGCUGGCGGUGGACGUGGUCUUUUCCCAGCUGGAGCUGGUGACGCGCAACAGGCCUUUGGUAGUGGAGAAGCUGCAGGGCUGGAGCCGUGCCAUCGACAGGAGAGUGCUGGACUUCGCCUCCCUGAAGUCCAGAGCCACGGCCACCCGCAGGUGCCGGCUCACCCCACUUCCUCACGAGGACGGCCCCCUGCCCAAGUACGGGCGCUUGGUGGACGCGAUGGGGGCCCCUCUCCCCAGGGGCAAGCGCGUAGACUGUGAAGCUUUCCUCCGGGCUGGGGUGCGCUAUCAGCACACCGCUGCCUCCUCGCCCAACCGGGACUACUUGCCAAUGAUGGUGGAGCUGCUGGGGCCUGAGGGCCAGGACGCUGGGUCCGCGGGUGUGCUGGUCCGCGAGCACUUCCAGCUGCUGGUGAGGAUCCUCGGGGGAGCCAAGAACACACCGCCCAGACCCAGCUUCAUGGCCACGAUGAUGAUGGAGGUGGAUCCGUUUGUGCUGACAGCCCUGACACCUGACGCACUAGCCGCGGAGGACGUCGAGUCAGACCCUGGCGACCUGGUGUUCAACAUUCUCAACGCCCCCACUCCCGCACCAGGGCAUCCAGGGCAGCAGGGCUACGUGGUCAGCACCGACGACCCUCUAGGCCUUCCAGUCUCCUUCUUUACCCAGCAGGAGCUGCGGGAGCUGAAGAUUGCCUAUCAGCCCCCUACAGAGAACUCCCAUGGAGAGCGCCUCUUUCAGCUGGAACUGGAGGUGGUGGACGGAGACGGCGCCGCCUCAGACCCCUUUACCUUCAUGGUGACAGUGAAAUCCAUGAAUACUCUGGUCCCAGUGGCUAGCCAUAACAGGGGACUUGUGCUUUUUGAAGGUCAGUCAAGGCCCUUGUCCAGCACCCACAGCGUUCCUAUCAGUGAUAAAGAUAACCUGGAAGAGGUGAAAAUGGCUGCAGUCAGGGGCUUGAGACAUGGGCAGCUGGUGGUGUUUGGGGCACCUGCUGGGUGCAAGUAUUUCACACCUGCGGACCUGGCAGCAAGGCGAGUGGUGUAUCAGCAUGAUGGCAGCAACACCUACAGUGACAACAUCAUCUUCCGGAUGGAGGACGGACACCACCAAGUGGAAUUUCUCUUUCCCGUCACCAUCCUACCUGUGGAUGAUGAACCACCAAUGGUCAAUACUAACACAGGACUCUCACUGACGGAAGGGCAGGUGGUCCAGAUCUCUCCCUUUGUACUGAGCGCUACUGAUAUUGACUCUGAGGACUCAACCAUCCGCUUUGUGCUAGAGAACCAGCUCUUAGAAGGAAAUAAGGAAGAGCCACAGUGGGAGCUGGCCCCUGGUUCCUCCCACUCAGGCCACUACCUGGGGGACAUGUUGCUGCGGCAGGCUGAACUGCCUCUCUCCACCGAAGGUGGGGACUGGCACUACAUGGAAAAGGAAGGGCUUUAUGAGAAAGUGGUGACUGAGUGGCUACAGAGAGACAUAAUGGAAGGGAGACUCUUCUACCGCCAUCUUGGACCACACAGCUCUCAAACUGUAAUGGUCCAGCUGGCUUUCCAUGUGCAGGAUGACCAUGACCCACCCAAUCUCUCCAACCAGCACAUUUUCACCAUCAAGGUCCAGCCAGCGGAUAUACUGAGUCCACAGCUGUAUCCAGGAACUACACUAGAAAUGACUGUACAAGAAUACCAACUCACUCACUUCCAGAAGAACUUCCUCCGAUACAUUGACCAGGACUCUGAUGACCAGAACCUAUGGUACACCCUACUGACACUCCCGACUGACACAGAUCGAAACCACCAAGUCCGGGCUGGAGAAAUUGUGCUCACUGAUUCACCAGACACACUCAUCAUGCACUUCACCCAAGCCCAGGUAAAUCAGCGUGAAGUUGCCUACCAGCCUCCACAGAAGUUAGGUAUUGCACCACGGGUUGUGCAGUUUACCUACCAGGUGGAAGAUGCUGCAGGCAAUAGCGUGCCAGGCACAUUUACAUUAUUCCUGCAACCUGUGGACAACCAGCCCCCAGAAGUCACCAACAGAGGCUUUACUGUCUUAGAGGGAGGCAGCUUUAACCUCAGCAGUAAUGAGCUGCAUGUUACAGACCCAGACACAGACAUUGACCAAAUUGUCUUCAUAUUAGUCCGCGGUCCCCAACAUGGACGCUUGCAGUACUUUAAAAAAUGUAUGGUCCCAGGGGAAUCUUUCACGCAAGCUGAUAUUAUUAAUGGGAGUGUCUCUUACCAGCAUGGUAGAGACCAGACAACUACCAGUGACACUUUCCAUCUGGAAGUAAGUGAUGGGGUGCACCAUAUACCCAUCACCAUCCCAAUUUCCGUGCAUCCCAGUGUGGCUAACGAAAGUCCUAGGAUCUCUAUCACAAGUAGUUCAUUAUUGGAUGUUUCUAUAGAUGUACUAGAGAAUAAAGCCACUGAAAUUACCAUGGGUGUCACCCAUGGCAAAAGGAAGGACGUACAUCACUUGAUGCUGUCUUUCAUUGUAAAGGACAGCCCCAAAUUGGGCACUAUUCUGGUCAAUGGUUUGCCCACAGAACGAUUCACCCAAGAGGACCUCAUCAGUGGGAGAGUAGCCUAUGUCCACACUGGAGGUGAAGUUGGUUUUCAAAAGCAGCACGAUGCCUUCAGCCUCAUCCUCUCCAAUGAUUCUUACCAAUGGGUAGUGGGGAAUAGCAUAAUAGAGAGAGUACAGGUACGAGUAACUGUGCUGCCUGUGGACAAUGUGGGGCCCAGGGUCUUGGUGAGGGAGUCCUUCAUUGUCUAUGAAGGUGAGAAGAACUCCUUGACCUUACAACAUCUCCAUGUUGAAGAUGUGGACACUCCUCAAGAUGAACUCCUCUGCACAGUGACUAGUCAGCCAGCCUCUGGCUACCUGGAAAAUAUUGCACCAGCUCCUGGUUCAAAAAUGUCCCAGUCUGGCAGCCCCAUCAGUGCUUUCUCCCUCAGAGAUGUCCAAAUGAGGCAUAUCAAUUAUGUACAGAGUAUUCACAAGGGAGUAGAGCCACAAGAGGAUCAAUUCACUUUUUAUUGCUCUGAUGGCAUCAACUUCUCCCCAAAUGUCUUCUUCCCUAUAAUCAUCCUACCCACCAAUGAUGAGCAGCCUAAACUUUUUGCCCAUGAGUUUGAGGUACUAGAGGGGAUGAGCCUGGUCAUAGACACUCAGCUGCUCAAUGGAGCAGAUGCUGACCUGCCACCGAAUGAGCUCCACUUUCAACUCACAGUCCUCCCUCGGCAUGGACAAAUCAUAGAGCAGCUGGCUACGGGCAGCCAGCCCAUCCACAGCUUCACCCUCAAGGAGAUUCAGGAGGCCUCCACCAUUGUGUAUGAGCAUGAUGACUCAGAGACCAAAGAGGACAGUUUUGAGGUCUGGCUAAGUGAUGGCAAGCACACCACCCACAGGAAGGUACCCAUUGUAGUGACACUAGUGGAUGAUGAAACUCCUCAGCUGACUGUCAACAAUGGGCUGAAAGUAGAGAAAGGACACUCUGAGAUUAUCACAAAUCAGAUCCUCAAGGCCACAGAUCUUGACUCAGAUGAUAAGAGCCUCAGUUUUGUCCUCCAUUCUGGGCCUCAACAAGGGCUUCUACAGAGGCUGAGAAAACCCAGAGGAGAAGUGAGGAACAAUCUUACUCUGGGAAUGAACUUUACCCAGGAUGAGAUUGACAGAGGCCUCAUCUGCUAUAUCCACACAGGCCAAGAAGGGAUUGUUGAUAUUAUCCAGUUUGAUGUGACUGAUGGGGCUAACACUUUGACAGACCACUACUUCUAUGUCACUAUUGGCAACUUAGACAAGGUCUUCCCUGAGUUAAUCAGCAAAAGGAUCACCUUAACAGAAGGUGCCAGAGUGACCCUUACCAACAGUCUGCUUAGCAACAGUGAUAUCAACAGCUCUGAUGAACAUCACUUUAACAUUACACGGGCUCCAAGCCUGGGUCACCUAGAAAGUUCUGACCAUGCUGGGGAACCCAUUGCCUCUUUCACUCAGCUUCAAUUGGCUAGCAACAAAAUAUCCUAUGUCCAUACUUCAAAUGAUGAGAAAAAGAUGGACAGCUUUGAGUUUCAAGUGAUCAGUGAACUCUACCCUGUGUCCAGAACCUUCAGGAUCUUCAUCACUGAUGUGGAUCAUAAGAAACCUAUCUUGACCAUCCAUAGACUAACACUACAGAAAGAGGCUAGCCAACUGAUCACUCCCCUUGAGUUGACAGUGGAAGACAAGGAUACCCCAGAUUAUCUUAUUCUCUUUACCAUCACCCAGGUCCCCAUGCAUGGCAAGAUUUUGUACAAUGGUAGCCAUCCUGUGACCACUUUCACCAAGCAAGACUUGAACAAGAACAUGAUUAGCUACAAGCACGACGGCAGUGAGACCACUGAAGAUAGUUUCUCCUUGACUGUGACAGAUGGCACUCACACUGAUUUCUAUGUCCUCCCAGACACUGCCCUGGAGACACACAAACCUCAAGUAAUGAGGGUCCAGAUAAGAUCAUUAGACAAUAGGCUUCCCCAGAUUACUAUCAACAGGGGUGCCCUAACCUUGAAGCACCUUCACACUGGACAUAUGGGCUUCUUGAUUACCAGUAAGUCUCUGAAGGCAGAAGAUCAGGACAGUCCCCACAGGCUUCUGAAGUAUAAAGUUACCAGAGGACCAGAGCAUGGCUUCAUUAUCAGAACUGGCCUUGGAAACCAGAGCACUCGAGUGUUUACACAAGCUGACAUUGAUGAGAUGAAGAUAUCCUAUGUCUUGAAUGAGGGCAGCAAUGCAUCAAAGGACAUCUUCUAUUUCUCUGUUGAAGACAAUGGAGGAAAUAAACUAACAAAUCAACCUUUCCAUCUAAACUGGGCUUGGAUUUGUUUGGAGAAAGAGUACUAUAUUGUGGAUGAAGACUCCACAUUCUUAGAAGUGACACUUACACGCAGAGGAUACCUUGGAGAAACAUCAUUUAUCAGCAUUGGUACCAAAGAUGAAACUGCAAAAAGAGACAAAGAUUUCAAAUGGAAGACCAAUAAACAGGUCCAAUUCAAUCCUGGACAGACUACAGCCACAUGGAGGGUGAGAAUCAUACCUGACAAUGAAUAUGAGACUUCAGAGACCUUCCAGAUCAUUCUGUCGGAACCUCUCAUGGCUGUACUGGAGUUUCCCGAAAUGGCAACGGUUGAAAUUGUGGACCCUGGAGAUGAAUCAACAGUUUAUAUUCCAGAGGCAGAAUACAAAAUAGAAGAGGACGUUGGGGAACUUUUGAUUCCAGUAAGACGAUCUGGAGAUGCAAGCCAGGAACUAAUCGUCAUUUGCUCCACACGUCAAGGUUCUGCCACAGGUACGAUUUCUUCCACAGUGUUAUUCUCUGAUUACAUCUCACGUCCAGAAGACCACACCAGCAUCCUCCACUUUGACAAGAACGAGACACAGAAGACCUGCCGGAUCCUGAUCAUUGAUGACUCCCUUUAUGAAGAGGAGGAAUCCUUCAGUGUUUCACUGAGGCUGCCAGUGGGAGGACAGCUGGGAGCCAGAUUCCCCACCACUAAGGUCACUAUUCUGGCUGAUCGUUAUGAUGAACCUGUCCUGCACUUUGGGGAUGCUGAAUAUCACGUCAAUGAAAGUGCUGGCUAUGUGGAGGUUUGUGUUUGGAGAAGAGGCACUGAUCUUUCCCAACCAUCAUCCAUCAUCGUGCGCUCCAGAAAGUCAGAGCAGGAGUCAGCAGAAGCUGGAACAGAUUAUGUUGGCAUCAGCCGAAAUCUGGACUUUGCUCCAGGCGUGCGCAUGCAGACAUUCCGCGUGACCAUCCUUGAUGACCUGGGACAGCCCACCUUGGAAGGCCCAGAGAAGUUUGAGUUAGUUCUUCAGAUGCCUAUCGGUGCAGUGCUUGGAGAACCAAAUAAAACUACUGUUUUCAUCAAGGAUACCAUCACUGACUGUAAGCAGAGUGCUUGUAGUUCCUUUGAUUGAAAGACUUUAAGAGGGAAAAAAAAGAGUCAAGAUAUGUCUCCUAACAACAGAAUGAAACUCUACUGUUUAUAGAUCUUAGCAAUUCUGGGAUAUCAGUGAUAUUGUACCAUCAUUGGUGUUAUAUUCUGGUGAUAUGUGGAAAUGUAAUUUAUGUGACUGCAUGGAAAUAGAAAUAUAUAUACACAGAAAACAUUGAGCCCACAAAGAAUUAGACCGUAUUCAUGUUCUUUUUCUAUUUUGUUUUACUUUGUUUCUGAGGCAAGCAAGAAAUCCACUGUGAUCAAUUAAAUCAAAAGUUAAAAUCAAAAGAUUAACCUCUCUUUACUGAUUGAUGCCGCAUAUGAAACACUUUUCAACUGUCUCUCCAUAUAUAAAGUUCUUUUAGUGAAUUCUUCAAUUUUUCUUCACAACUCUUUAUCAGAACUACUUGGUAGGAAUAUUUUUCAACUCUUUAUUCCUUUGCACUCUUUUGCAAAAAAAAAAAAAAAAAGGAUAAUAAACAGUAAAGUGAUGAAAAUGUAAGUAGUAGAAAGGAGAAGAAAGAAGAGUUGAAGAUUUGCGUAGCUCACAAACUGCCCAGUUAGUUCUUAACUAAUGUUAAAUUGACAAUAUAUAUAGAUAUGGCUAAUACCACAUAAACCAAAGUUCCCAAAUUAUUUUGAAACCACAUCUUUGUGCCCCAUCAUUACUUUUUAGGUAUUUCUUGUGCAAGUCUUUUUUUAAAUUUUGUGUUUCAGACAUUAACUUAUUCUCAAGCCAACAUAGUGUAUGAUAGAAACCAUUCCCAGAUGCAUGUUUUCCAAAUGUUGGAUGGGGAUGACAAGGCUCUUGACUGUAAUAUAGUCUGCAUAUAUAGGCCAAGAAGCCCUUGUCUACUGUUAGCCCAGGUUUUGCUUCUUUGCUAGACUUUCAUUUUCCCAAUCAGAGAAAAUAUUUUUCUAAACUACCUUAUAACUCUUGACCUCACUUCUCGCUCUGUAAAAUGAGAAAUUUGGACUCGAUUUCUGUUAAGAUCUCUUCCAGUUCUGUCUGAUUCCUGUCUGAGUGCAUAUCCACCAACAGAAAAUCACCCUCCCUCACCUUGCAAUUUGCCCAACUCCCAGAGUCAAAAAUCUUUUAAACUCAAAUUCAACAAAUAGUUAUUGGGCUGCUUCUUCAGGUCAAAGAGAUAUGUCCCCUUCACAUGCGUUAGAAAAAAAGUAAUAGAAAAACUACACAUGGACCAAGAUAACUCUCAGAUAUACCUAAGAGACCCCACAGAUGCCCUGGUUCGGGCCCCAGAUGAAGCCACAAUUGAAUUUCCUGCUGAGUACGUGUGUGCCCAGGGGAAAUACACAUUGUCAGCGUUAUGGAGGAAUCUGUUUUGAACUCGAAAUUAUUUCCAUUCUUUCAGUGUUUUCCAGAAAAUCACUCUUUUUCUUUCUCACUGUAUUUUUUGUUACUUAGGUACAUUCAGAUGAAUGCAGUGUUUAGGCAUUCAUAUUUUUGGAGGGAGGAUAUCACAAACAGUGCUUUUUAUAAAGUCUGUUUCAUUCCCAGUUUCUACCCAUUAAGACGUGCCAGAGAAGCAAAAUUACAUUUUUUAGGCUUCUAGGAUAAAACCUGGUAUAUUCUAGUUAUGACUUACAGCAUAUUCUACAGUUCAGUAAUGAAAGUAAUCUAGUGUCCUGAAAGAGUGAAAAAAUACCUGAUUUCCUACCAAGAAUGGAAUUGCACACUAUUGAAAAUUGGGCUCAUUUGUCAUCCCUUAUAUACUCUUCCCUAGGCUAACAUUUUUAUAGAAAAAUUAAAUAUUUUUUUCUCACUUAAUAUUUUAGUUUUCUCAGAGCUGGCAAGUGUAAUGGAGAUAUACUAGAUGUUGCUAUUCUUGUGUAAACUUUAAAUGGAAAGGUGUUGUAUAUUUUAUUUCAGUACCCAGGGCCCAAUUUAAGGGGUCCACUGACAGGGUGAAUGAAAGAGGCAGCUAAGGGCCAUCAUUUACUGGAGCAGAGACACCAGCCAUAGGUCCUUGGUGAAAUGCUGUACCCACCAGGGCUCAGCCCAGGAGACUGAACUAUGGGGAGCAACCCAACACUGAUGACUCCACAGUUGGUUUUCUGCCAACUAAGCAUUCAAAAAUGUGUUCGUCACUAAGGCAGCACAAUGUUGCUGCUCCUAACCUUAUUUAUAAUAAUAAAUAAUUAUAAGCAGCCCAGUACUCAGGAAAUGGUUAACUGAAUUAUAGGAUAUCUACGUGAUAGAAUAGUAUGAAUUCUAGAGUAUCCGCAACCAUGUGGCUAUUGCAAUCCUUAAACAUAUGGAAAACACUAAAAGAAAAUGCCUGGAAAUGGUAAUAACUUUCUAUUAGGGUAAUGAGAUUAUCAGUCAUUUUUUUUGUGAAUGUACUCUAAAGUUAUUUAAUCGGUAAAUAUAUGUGCUCAUUAGGAAGUUGUUGCUAUUUAUGAAAUUAAGGAAAUUAAACAGAUUAUAAUGAC